GGAAGACACGGGGCGGGGUCCCCCCGCGCCCCGAGGGGCCGGAGGGUCGAGGGGAGCGCAAGUGUCUGCCCGGAUGACCCACGUACCGCUCUGUAACCGAGCCAGAAACGCAAGGUGUCCCCUGUGUCCUCAGCCCCGGAGCAGCCGACUUCCUUUCUGGGUCCAGUCCAGGCUUCAGGGCUACAACCCACCUCAAAAGCAAAGUAACCGAAAAAGUACCUCGAUUUUGCAGUAUUUUCCACACCGCAUGCACACGGAAUUGGAUCAGUAAUUAAUGGGUAUUGUUUGUUAGAACCUUCGUCGUUUUAGGCCGUUUCAUUUCGUUUCAGGCUGCACAUUUGGAGCUCGAGUUGAUGCUCCUGGCUCCUGCCUCACUCCAGCUGUGUCCCGUUACUGCUCUCUGAAAUCCAGAGCCGCCCCCCUCCUGAUUCAGGAAUGUUCAGACAUGUGCACCUGCUAAAUAGCCUUGUCAAGUAGCAAAAUGGUAGUGCUCCACUCGCCUGCACAUAUGGAAGCCAGACGUUCUUAUGCCACAGGACUGCAGCAUACCAAGGAUUGACUUUGGACACAUUCUCCAAGCGUCAGGCCUCACAGAACUGCAGUCUAGGAAGCUCAGAGAGGGCCCAACUGAGGGUGAGGGGAGCUGAUACAUAAAAAACUAAGAUUAACAGGGCACCGAAGUACCUGUUAAGCAGGUUAUAUGCAUCGACACAGUACUUGCCAGAACUCUGUGUGAUAGAUAACUUGCAUCAGCAUUUUGCAGGUUGAUAAACAGGCCAAGCUAAUCCAGUGGGCAGUGGCAAAGCUGGAUUUCAGAACAGGUCUACUUGAUGCUGAUAUUUACUGCUACCAUGUACUGGCUCUCCGUGUUCUUCUGCCUUAUAUCUAGAAUCAACUGGGAAGAGAUCUAGAAAAAGUUUUCUAAUGCACACUUAAAAGAGUGUACAGGAUUGGACUCCCACACAGAUCUUCUGGAGAAGGCUUCUUCCAUUAACGUUACCACCUUACACGUGGCCACAGUGUUUUUCAUCCAAAUGGAGGUUGUUUCAGACUUUAUUCAUGCAAAAGGUGAAUAUUACUUUGUGAUCAGAAGUGGGAUCCGGAGAAGACCCCCAGCAACUCUCAGGCGGGUGAGCAAACAGAUGCUACAGAGCCAAUGGAGUUCGCCGCUUAGUUGGCAACCCUGGAGUUUGAGGGCUGGCCAGCUAAACUACACGGAUCCAGCCACUGGCUAUCUGGUGCUUACACGGCUUGCCCACUUGCAGAGAGGCAAAUGCUGCGGGUCUGCCUGCAGACACUUUGUUUUAUUUCUUCUGCAGUGUCCAUAUGGUCAAGUCAAUGUUAAGGAUCCAUCGAAAAGGAAGAAAUUCAAUUCAUAUUUUUAUGUUUGACAACAAUUUCUUCUCUGUUCUCCAUCUUAUUGAGCCUGUAUUUAGAAGAGAAAAAAAACAACAACUCUAAUCCGGAAUUGCUAUCUGUGCUGUUAGUCUUUGAGCACUAGUUUAAUCAUAAAUACAUAUAUUAAAAGAACAUCAAUAAAAUGAAAAAGCUAGCAAA